GAGGAGGGCAUUGAGGGAGAAGACGAGCUAUCAAUGACAUCCACCAGCUUCGGUGUCUGAGGCCGCCUGACCGGCCACCCCGUGCCCGCACAAGGCCACCCCCGGACGGGCGUGACAUGCUCUUAUCCCCCGCUCAUCAGGCAGACCCUCCACGGGAUUACACUGCAGCCGUGGAAGCUUCCAGCUGCAAAUCCACCCACAUGCAUCUCGCAGACGGCGUAGAAGAAGAAGACGACGGUGCACUUCCGACCGAGAGUGCCUACCCCUGCUGAGUGAAGCCCCGCCCACGCCUCCGCCCGUCUCCGAGCAGCCAUGCGUCCGCACGGCACAGGUGGAGCGCCCGCCCGUUCCGGGAGGCCCAUGUCUGGGCUGUGUCUACUGCUACUGCCUCUCUUCAUGCUGCUCCUCCCAGGCGUGCAUGGAGCACUUGCUCCUCCGAGAUUCACCAAGAUCCCCACGGACCAGAUCGGCGUGUCGGGGGGCGUGGCGUCGUUCGUGUGCCAGGCGGCCGGGAGCCCCAAGCCGGUGGUCUACUGGAACAAGAAGGGCAAGAAGGUCAACUCUCAGCGUAUCGAGGUGACCAUCGAAUUCGACGAAGGCGCCGGCGCCGUGCUGAGGAUCCAGCCUCUGCGAGCGCCGCGGGACGAGAACAUCUACGAGUGCGUGGCGCGCAACAGCGAGGGCGAGAUGUCCGUCACCGCCAAGCUGGCCAUUAUCAGAGAGGACCUGUUGCCGUUUGGCUUCCCGAGCAUCGACAUGGGCCCCCAGUUGAAGGUGGUGGAGCGCACCAGGACGGCCACCAUGCUGUGCGCCGCCAGCGGAACCCCCGACCCGGAGAUCUCCUGGUUCAAAGACUUCCUGCCUGUGGAACCCGGCUCCAGCCAAGGUCGCAUCAAGCAGCUCAGAUCAGGAGCCUUGCAGAUCGAGAACAGCGAGGAGACGGACCAAGGGAAGUACGAGUGCGUGGCCACCAAUUCUCAAGGGGUGCGCUACUCGUCGCCGGCCAACCUCUACGUGCGAGGAGCGACAGACACAUUGCGCCGCGUUCCCCCUCGUUUCUCCAUCCUUCCCUCCAACCACGAAAUCAUGCCGGGAGGGAGCGUCAACAUCACCUGCGUGGCGGUGGGCUCCCCCAUGCCGUACGUGAAGUGGAUGGUGGGCAGCGAGGACCUGACCCCCGAGGACGAGAUGCCCAUCGGCCGUAACGUGCUGGAGCUCAACGGCGUGCGGGAGUCGGCCAACUACACCUGCGUGGCCAUGAGUAGCCUGGGCAUCAUCGAGGCCACGGCUCAGGUCUUAGUCAAGACCUUGCCAAAACCUCCUGGCACGCCCAUCGUCACAGAGACCACAGCCACCAGCGUAACCAUCACCUGGGACUCUGGCAACCCCGACCCGGUCUCCUACUACAUAAUCCAGUACCGAGCCAAAGGCCCGGACAGCAAAUACGAGACCGUGGACAGCAUCACCACCACGCGCUACAGCAUCGGCGGGCUGUACCCAAACACAGAGUAUGAAAUCCGAGUGUCAGCCUUCAAUAGCAUCGGUCAGGGACCGCCCUCUGUACGCGUGGAGGCCAGGACGGGAGAGCAGGCCCCGGCCAGCCCGCCUCGAAACGUCCAGGCCCACAUUAUUUCACAGAACACGGUGAUGGUCCGCUGGGAGGAACCGGAGGAGCCAAAUGGGCAGGUGAAGGGCUACCGCGUGUACUACACCAUGGACCCGUCCCGGCCCAUGAACGAAUGGAAGAUCCAUAACGUCCAGGACAGUGUGAUCACCACCAUACAGAGCCUGGUCACCUCGGAGACCUACACCAUCCAAGUCCUGGCCUUCACCUCGGUGGGAGACGGGCCCUUCUCCGACCCGGUCCAUGUUAAAGUCAUGCCAGGAGUCCCAGGUCAACCGGGUAAGUUUAAAAUCGGGAGGGUGACGGACACCAGCAUCGAGCUGACCUGGGAGCCCGCCUACACCAAGGAGGGCAUCAUCAACUACGAGCUCCUUUACAAACCUGUCAAGUUCGGCAGUCUGGAAAAGCUGACGUUCGGCCCACGUAACUCGUACACGGUGGAGGGUCUGAAGGCCAACACGGAGUACUCCUUCUCCCUGGCUGCCAUCUCCAACAAAGGCAUCGGAGCGUUCACCAACGAGCUGGUGCAGAGGACGUCACAAGCCAACGUGCCGAGGAAUUUUUCCGUCAACCUGGCCACCAGGACCAGCGUUCUUCUGACCUGGGAGUUCCCGGAGAGCAGCAACCCGUACCGCUUUACUGUGGAGUACAACCGGCAGAAGAUGGAGGUGGACGCUCGCCUGAAGAAGGCGGUCAUCCCCAACCUUCAGCCCGACACCAGCUACGACUUCAAGAUCACCGCCCCCGAAGGCAACAUGGGCGGCCUUCGCCACCGCAUCACGGCCAAAACCUCCCCGCCGAUCACCAUCCGCCGCCCUGAGAUCGACCACACCCGCGACACGGAGACCACGGUCACCAUAAUCCUGCCCUCACUGGAGUCUCGCACACCUGUCAAGAAUGUUUAUGUGGUUGUGGUUCCACUGAGGAGAGCCAGAGGCGUCAUCAGACACCUGAAGAGCCCGGAUGAAAUGGACUUAGAAGAGCUGUUAAAAGACAUCAGUCAAAAGCAGAGGGACUCCCGCCAGCAGAAGCAGAUGGACCUGCGCCGCGCUUACAUCACGGCCCGCUUCACACCCGCCACCCUGCCAGCCUUCUUCACCCUGGGGGACCAGCUGGACUACGGCGGCUUUGAGAACCGCGCCCUGGAGCCCGGGCAGGAAUACGUCUUCUUCAUCCUGGCGGAACUCAACUCCACCACCGGGAAGAUGUACGUGGCCAGCCCCUACACUGACCCAGUCAUCGCCCCGGAUUCAGACCCCCAGCCCCUGGACGCAGGCGACGGUCUCAUCUGGGUGGUCGGACCCGUGCUGGCGGUGGUCUUCAUCAUCUGCAUCGUCAUCGCCAUUCUGCUCUACAAGAACAAACCUGACAGCAAGCGUAAAGAGUCUGAGCCGGGGACGAAGAGUCUGCUGAGUAACGCAGAGAUGAUGGCCCAUCACCCUACAGACCCCGUGGAGAUGAGACGCAUCAACUUCCAGACUCCAGGAAUGAUGAGCCACCCUCCCAUCCCCAUCAGCGAGCUGGCGGAGCACAUCGAGCUGCUGAAAGCCAACGACAACCUCCGACUCUCCCAGGAAUACGAGUCCGUCGACCCCGGUCAGCAAUUCACUUGGGAACAUUCCAACCUGGAGGUCAACAAGCCCAAGAACCGCUACGCCAACGUGAUCGCCUACGACCACACCAGAGUCAUCCUGGCGCCCGUAGAAGGUGUCCUGGGAAGUGACUACAUCAACGCCAAUUACGUGGACGGUUACAGGAAGCAGAACGCCUACAUCGCCACCCAGGGCCCGCUGGCCGAGACGUUCGGGGACUUCUGGAGGAUGGUGUGGGAGCAGCGGGCCGCCUCCGUGGUCAUGAUGACACGCCUGGAGGAAAAGUCACGGAUCAAGUGUGACCAGUACUGGCCCAGUCGGGGGACGGACACAUACGGGACAAUCCAGCUCACCCUGCUGGACACCAUGGAGCUGGCCACCUUCUGUGUGCGCACCUUUUCCCUCCACAAGAGCGGCAGCAGUGAACGGCGAGAAGUGCGCCAGUUCCAGUUCACCGCUUGGCCGGACCACGGCGUUCCAGAGUACCCCACCCCCUUCCUCAACUUCCUGCGCAGGGUCAAGACCUGCAACCCUCCGGACGCCGGUCCUAUCAUCGCACACUGCAGCGCCGGCGUCGGCCGCACCGGCUGCUUCAUCGUCAUCGACGCCAUGUUGGAGCGCAUCCGCCACGAGCGCACCGCCGACAUCUACGGCCACGUCACGCUGAUGCGCUCGCAGAGGAACUACAUGGUGCAGACGGAGGACCAGUACAGCUUCAUCCACGAGGCGCUGCUGGAGGCGGUGGCCUGCGGGAACACGGAGGUGGCGGCCAGGAGUCUCUACUCCUACAUGCAGAAGCUGGCCAAGGUGGAGAACGGCGAGCACGUCACCGGCAUGGAGCUGGAGUUUAAGCGACUGGCCAACACCAAAGCCCACACGUCCCGCUUCGUCACAGCCAACCUCCCCUGCAACAAAUUCAAGAACCGGCUUGUCAACAUCAUGCCCUACGAGACCACCCGCGUCUGCCUCCAGCCCAUCCGAGGCCUGGAGGGGUCGGACUACAUCAACGCCAGCUACAUCGACGGUUACAGGCAGCAGAAAGGCUACAUCGCCACCCAGGGGCCACUGGCAGAAACCACAGAGGACUUCUGGAGGAUGCUGUGGGAGCACAACUCUACCAUCGUGGUCAUGCUGACUAAACUAAGAGAGAUGGGCCGGGAGAAGUGUCACCAGUACUGGCCAGCCGAGCGCUCGGCCAGGUACCAGUACUUUGUGGUGGACCCCAUGGCCGAGUACAACAUGCCCCAGUACAUCCUGCGGGAGUUCAAAGUAACAGAUGCCAGGGACGGGCAGUCCCGAACAGUCCGCCAGUUCCAGUUCACCGACUGGCCCGAGCAAGGUGUGCCCAAGUCGGGCGAGGGCUUCAUCGACUUCAUCGGCCAGGUGCACAAAACCAAGGAGCAGUUUGGCCAGGAUGGACCCAUCAGCGUUCACUGCAGUGCCGGUGUGGGUCGCACGGGGGUCUUCAUCACGCUGAGCAUAGUGCUGGAGAGGAUGCGCUACGAAGGGGCGGUGGACAUCUUCCAGACUGUCAAGAUGCUGCGGACACAGAGGCCCGCCAUGGUGCAGACCGAGGACGAGUACCAGUUCUGCUACCAGGCCGCCCUGGAGUAUUUGGGUAGCUUCGACCACUAUGCAACAUAAGCCAAGACAUGACGGGCACCAAGGACGUCAAACACCAACCAGGACUUUCAAAAGAAAACAACAAAAAAAAGAAACAACAACAACAACAACAACAAAUCCGUGCUCGACCCUCCAUGUGUAAUCAUAUCUUACCUCAGUGUUCCAGUGUGAAGGGCGUAUAAUCAUGCAUACUGUACGUGAGUGACGGGCGUAUAAACUUGCAUACUGUACGUGUGAGUGACGGGCGUAUAUUCAUGUGUCGUGGUCCGCUAUGUCCAAUAUGAAGCAGUGAAAUACAGGAAGAGGAAUUGUGUAGAAACGCUAAAAAAAAACCCACACAAAGAGCCUGGAUAUUUGCUGCACCCUUAACGGGCCUUUUUACCCUGGACUUUGUACCUACUGGUCUGGUGUCGUCCCUAUUGGUGUCAUUUUUCGCGAGGUCUCCUCCCAAAAGGGGGCCGGCGUGAGGACCACCCCCAAACCCCGCAGGAGACCCAAGAUGCACAGGUGCCAAUCGACUAUGGUAUGGAUUGACUCGGAAUAUUCCGGCGCUUUUUGACCACGCUUGCUUUGCUGGACUGGCUUGUAAUCGCUCCUUCGUCGUCCUCUUCUUUUUUUUGAGGCCGGGUGCCACCGCCUGGGCUCCAAAUGGUGGCUUAUUGACAGGCUUGCUCACGAAAGACUUCCCCUUUUGUUUGAUUUAUUGUCAUUAUUGUCAUCGCCUUACGCUGGUUUGAGUUCCAACACACGCCGCUUUGCUCACACGGUCACACCGCUUACCUUUGAAGAAGAAGAAGAAAGCCCCUUCCCAAAGCCAGCUUACUUGAAGUCCACCACGUGGCGAUUAAUCAAUACCGUAAUGACCCGAAUAUAAGUCAACCAUCCCAUUUAUAGUUGUUUUUUAAUUACUUCCUUGAUUGUGCAGCAGUUUUCUUUUGUUUUUUUUAACCCGAAGGUGAGUGACAGGAAGAAAAGCUCUGAUGCGCUUUGGACCCCAAAUACAAGACACUUGUUUCCGAGGGUAGUGGUUCUUUAACUCUGUUUUACCAAAAUUGUCUCUCCGAGUACCACCGUAAUGAGCAACAUUCAAAUACAGUAGCGUAGUAGGCCUUAGUACUCGUUAAAAAAAACAAGGUAGAUUCAACGUUCCCUCUAAGGUGCGCGCCUACGAAAUAAAAUCCAAUCUGAACUAUAAACAAAAUAAACAUAACUAUUUAAUCUGUAGGAUUUUGCAAUGCGACUGUGAGUGACAGCUGUACAACGAGCCGCCCUAACGGAUAAAACAAUGUUUGCGACGUCUUUCUCGGACAUCAAUUCCAUCGAUCACUUUUACAGAGCUAAAACGUUUUACUUUCAGUCGUAAACACAACAAAAACACUCUAUUCUAUUUUUACAUCUCAUUGUGCAACAUGUGAAUGUUUUAAGGGGAAUUAAAUGAGAUCUCUGAAAAGGGGUACACAUUCUUCCCAAAGUAGGACCCCCACCCAGACACGCUGGUACAUAGCUCAUGAAAAACGAGAUUUUAUUUUAAUCGUAAAUUAGAAAAUAAUCUCAUGAAAAUGACUGCCAUCAUUUGAGUAUCAUAAUAAAACAAUGAUCGUCAACACUGUUAUUGUGACGGAGCAAAAAACGUUUUAUUGUCCUAUUGUCGGUCGUAACCACAACAAAAACAUGAGUAAAAAACUAAAUAUUUAGCAAAACUGGUCAUUUUGUGCCGUACAAACUGGGCCAAGACCAACUCUUUGUCAUAUCAGCCACGGAUGCGUUUAGGUCCAGCCAAAAAGUGGGACAACUCCAACACUACAUAAAGUGAAAAUGCCAGGUCGUUAUUAAGAAUGUUAAUUUACGGAUAUUAAUCAUGAAAUUCUCAUAAAAUUUUACAAACAGAAAGUUAAAAGAAUGUGUACACUCUAUCCUAUUCUUACAUCUCAUUGUGCAACAUGUGAAUGUUUUAAGGGGAAUUAAAUGAGAUCUCUGAAAGGGGUACACAUUCUUCCCAAAGUAGGACCCCCACCCAGACACGCUGGUACAUAGCUCAUGAAAAACAAGAUUUUAUUUUAAUCGUAAAUUAGAAAAUAAUCUCAUGAAAAUGACUGCCGUCAUUUGAGUAUCAUAAUAAAACAAUGAUCGUCAACACUGUUAUUGCGACGGAGCAAAAAACGUUUUAUUGUCUUAUUGUCGGUCGUAACCACAACAAAAACAUGAGUAAAAAAACGACUAUUUAGCAAAUCUAGUCAUUUUGUGCCGUACAAACUGGGCCAAGACCAACUCUUUGUCAUAUCAGCCACGGAUGCGUUUAGGGCCACACAAAAAGUGGGACAACUCCAACACUACAUAAAGUGUAAAUUUAAGGUCGUUAUUAAGAAUGUUAAUUUACGGAUAUUAUUCAUGAAAUUCUCAUAAAACUUUACAGACAGAAAGUUAAAAGAAUGUGUACACUCUAUCCUAUUCUUACAUCUCAUUGUGCAACAUGUGAAGGUUUUAAGGGGAAUUAAGUAAGAUCUCUGAAAGGGGUACACAUUCUUCCCAAAGUAGGACCCCCACCCAGACACGCUGGUACAUAGCUCAUGAAAAACAAGAUUUUAUUUUAAUCGUAAAUUAGAAAAUAAUCUCAUGAAAAUGACUGCUGUCAUUUGAGUAUCAUUAUAAAACAAUGAUCGUCAACACUGUUAUUGCGACGUCUUUUACGGAGCAAAAACGUUUUAUUGUCUUAUUGUCGGUCGUAACCACAACAAAAACAUGAGUAAAAAAACGACUAUUUAGCAAAACUAGUCAUUUUGUGCCGUACAAACUGGGCCAAGACCAACUCUUUGUCAUAUCAGCCACUGAUGCGUUUAGGGCCACGCAAAAAGUGGGACAACUCCAACACUACAUAAAGUGUAAAUGCAAGGUCGUUAUUAAGAAUGUUAAUUUACGGAUAUUAAUCAUGAAAUUCUCAUAAAAUUUUACAGACAGAAAGUUAAAAGGAUGUGUACACUCUAUCCUAUUCUUACAUCUCAUUGUGCAACAUGUGAAGGUUUUAAGGGGAAUUAAAUGAGAUCUCUGAAAGGGGUACACAUUCUUCCCAAAGUAGGACCCCCACCCAGACACGCUGGUACAUAGCUCAUGAAAAACAAGAUUUUAUUUUAAUCGUAAAUUAGAAAAUAAUGUCAUGAAAAUGACUGCCAUCAUUUGAGUAUCAUAAUAAAACAAUGAUCGUCAACACUGUUAUUGCGACGGAGCAAAAAACGUUUUAUUGUCUUAUUGUCGGUCGUAACCACAACAAAAACAUGAGUAAAAAAACGACUAUUUAGCAAAACUAGUCAUUUUGUGCCAUACAAACUGGGCCAAGACCAACUCUUUGUCAUAUCAGCCACGGAUGCGUUUAGGGCCACACAAAAAGUGGGACAACUCCAACACUACAUAAAGUGUAAAUGCCAGGUCAUUAUUAAGAAUGUUAAUUUACGGAUAUUAAUCAUGAAAUGCUCAUAAAAAGAUUUUACAGACAAAGUUACAGGAAUGUAUACACUCUAUCCCAUGCUUACAUCUCAUUGUGCAACAUGUGAAGGUUUUAAGGGGAAUUAAAUGAGAUCUCGAAAAGGGGUACACAUUCUUCCCAAAGUAGGACCCCCACCCAGACACGCUGGUACAUAGCUCAUGAAAAACAAGAUUUUGUUUUAAUCGUAAUUCACGUAAAUUAGUAAAUAAUCUCAUGAAAAUGACUGCUGUCAUUUGAGUAUCAUAAUAAAACAAUGAUCGUCAACACUGUUAUUGCGACGUCUUUUACGGAGCAAAAACGUUUUAUUGUCUUAUUGUCGGUCGUAACCACAACAAAAGCAUGAGUAAAAAAACGACUAUUUAGCAAAUCUAGUCAUUUUGUGUCGUACAAACUGGGCCAAGACCAACUCUUUGUCAUAUCAGCCACUGAUGCGUUUAGGGCCACGCAAAAAGUGGGACAACUCCAACACUACAUAAAGUGUAAAUGCAAGGUCGUUAUUAAGAAUGUUAAUUUACGGAUAUUAAUCAUGAAAUUCUCAUAAAAAGAUAUAUUUUACAGACAAAGUUACAGGAAUGUAUACACUCUAUCCCAUGCUUACAUCUCAUUGUGCAACAUGCGAAUGUUUUAAGGGGAAUUAAAUGAGAUAUCUGAAAGGGGUACACAUUCUUCCCAAAGUAGGACCCCCACCCAGACACGCUGGUACAUAGCUCAUGAAAAACUAGAUUUUAUUUUAAUCGUAAAUUAGAAAAUAAUCUCAUGAAAAUGACUGCCAUCAUUUGAGUAUCAUAAUAAAACAAUGAUCGUCAACACUGUUAUUGCGACGUCUUUUACGGAGCAAAAACGUUUUAUUGUCUUAUUGUCGGUCGUAACCACAACAAAAACAUGAGUAAAAAAAACGACUAUUUUGCAAAACUGGUCAUUUUGUGCCGUACAAACUGGGCCAAGACCAACUCUUUGUCAAAUCAGCCACGGAUGCGUUUAGGGCCACGCAAAAAGUGGGACAACUCCAACACUACAUAAAGUGUAAAUGCCAGGUCGUUAUUAAGAAUGUUAAUUUACGGAUAUUAAUCAUGAAAUUCUCAUACAAUUUUACAGACAGAAAGUUAAAAGAAUGUGUACACUCUAUCCUAUUCUUACAUAUCAUUGUGCAAAAUGUGAAGGUUUUAAGGGGAAUUAAAUGAGAUCUCUGAAAGGGGUACACAUUCUUCCCAAAGUAGGACCCCCGCCCAGACACGUUGGUACAUAGCUCAUGAAAAACAAGAUUUUAUUUUAAUCGUAAAUUAGAAAAUAAUCUCAUGAAAAUGACUGCCAUCGUUUGAGUAUCAUAAUAAAACAAUGAUCGUCAACACUGUUAUUGCGACGUCUUUUACGGAGCAAAAACGUUUUAUUGUCUUAUUGUCGGUCGUAACUACAACA